UGUGCACGCGUGGAAUUCAAACGCUCGGCGGAACACUGGGGGUUGGGCAGGGUUGGGUUGAUAGACGGGGGGACUGACACAAGAAGACUGGCCUUCAAAGUUCGUUUUGGAGGUUCACAAGCGGAAUCAAAAUUGUGUGUAUGUGAACAAACAACGUACAGAGGAUUGCCCUAGAAAGUACGUCUGUUUUUCUCAGAAUGAUUCCGCGAAUAACCGAAGCCUGGUGCGAGACUCGGGGUAGGCCACUCCCCAGUACACGUAUGCACUGCAGCCAUUGUGUUGCCUACCUACCAGGCGCCACGAGUGCUUUCACUGGCUAAUGGCAGUUUCUUAUAACGGCAAAUGAUGGAGGUACAUUCUGGAUGAUCUCUAAGAAUAGAUUAAAAGAAACAGUACACAACCCAGUGUAAUGGUAUUUCAAUUCCUCAGUUCGUGAAAUUAAUUUUAGAGCUGGACUUAGCCAUUUGGGGCGUGGUACGUUUUGAAAGUCAUAGUUUUGGAAUGCGAACGUAUCUUGCAAGAAUGACACACUUAUGCAUUCGAGCUCGAGCGCUUUUGCCCCCUGACCCUUUACGUUCCACAGCGUUCUUUGAAUUUCCCGCGUGCAUUUAGCAUUUGUCUAGCGUGCGCAUAUAACAUAGAGAUGUGGGCAUGCUGCUUUUUUUUAAAUUAAACAUAUUAUUCACACGCACCUUGUGCUCGCAAAAUGUGACACGUGUAAAUUAAACUAGAUGUAGGGCUCCGACACAUACACGAAUAAAAAACCGCUCUACGUCCAGUAGUCCAGCGUGGGGCAAGACGCGGCCUGCGCCCUGCUGCGACAGCGCCCCUGCCGAUACCCUUGGCACCCUUGGCACCUGUGCCCUGCGGGAUGCCCUGCGGGAUGCCCUGCGGGAUGCCCUGCAGCCCCAGCGACAACGAACGCGGAUCUACCGUUGACAUUUACGAGGAGCUGCAGAACAGUGAAUGCAUCGAUGCCCCCCAGCAGCCCACGGUCGAGGCGGCCGGGGCCACGGAGCCCUUCCCUGCGCCACCCAACGAGACUCCGACGGUCCUUGCUGUCGAGGUAGCUCGGGUAGUAGUUGAAGCGUCUGAUGCCUUCAAUGAAGUCCCAGGGGACACGAGAAAGGAGUUUGUUUUCAAAUUCGAUGAGCAGCCCGGUGAGGAGGACGCGUAAGGCAGAGCGCCCGGGUCCAUCAUCUUGCCCCGCUUUUCUGGACUUCCCCGCUAUGACGCUGCAGCGUCUUUGAUGGUGGAUUGAUGAUAGAACCGAAAACUCUGUCGAGAUUGCCUAACAUGUAACUCUCGCCCUAUGUAUAAACAAAUAAUACGAAUUGUAUGGAGGUCUAUUUUUUAAACGAACCCGUUUGGAGUGCAAUUCCACAUUACCUCAGUACCGCCAACAAUCGACACUGUGCUGAAGGCCCCGCCCGCCGCCCCUUUGUUAAGCGAAAUGAAGUAAAUUUUUAGAAUGUUACAGCCACCAAGCUUUCUGGUGGUCAACCGAACUUUCUGCGUUGCACACAUAUGCUGCUACCACACCGACAACAUAGUUUCAAUACAGGUCAGUGCCUUGGUCAGAGCGAACACCUCUAUGUUCAGUGUUGCGGGUCGGCAUACCAUUUCAUGCUGCAGGGGCCAUGACGCAAUAUGGGCUGACAGCACAGGCUAACUUACAACACUGUCACAUCCCGUACAACUGAAAAUAUUUACUUCUUUAUUAACAUUAGGAUAUAUAAUUUGGUUUUCAUCAUCAAAGGUUCGUUUCGCAGUUUACACGAAGUGUUAACGUUUUACUCGUUCUUUACCACCCAUCCUCACCGCAGUACUGGACCGUUAUCGGUCUUGAUUCCAACAAUGAACUCAGAGAACUCUCAACAUGUUGCCGAUUUACGUGCUAAGUCCCAAACCCAGCUAAUUGGGGACAUUUUAAUCUCAGAAGUCACAACAGCUACAAACAUAAAAGUAAUACUAUUCAAAUAGGACCUUGCUGUCACUUUUAACAAUGAACUUUUUUCAAGUUUAAUAUUAUUUUUAUUAUUUUGAGAACUCUUGACAAAAAUUUUGAGGGUUUUCAGUUUAAGUCCCCCGGCCACCGUCGUGCCACCGAGCCGACCGCCCUCUGCAACUGCAACUGCGCGCCGGCAAAGUAACCCCCCACCCUGGGAUCUAGGCAACCCGCGCCCGGAGGGGCGUGCUGCCGCUCGGUUGCCAUCAGAGCGCACCUUAACCCUAACCCUGCCGGGUGCUUCGUUGAAACAGCAGCAAUAGCAAUGUUGUUACACCUGUUGCCAUUUGUUUAUUUAUGUUUACCCGUGAUUAUAUUAUUGUGCAGACGAAAUGAUUGAGACGAGAAAAAUAACAUCAUUAUUGUUUUAAAAAUUAUUGUUCGAAAAAUUUAAAAAAAUCGGAACCAAUAAAGAAAUCUCAGCAUUUUAAUUAGUCGUUAUGUUUAUUAUGAAGGGUAUUUCUAAACUUUGCAACCCACCUGGGCGCCUCGGGUCUUCACUCAAAUGCACCUCUCAGGCAAAUGUUCCCGAAGAAUCAAAACCGUUGAAUUUUGUGAAAUACCUGGAGUUAGACUCACAAGUUGAGGCUGGUGUUGGCAGUCGUUUGUAUCAUCCUAGAAACCAUCCUGGAGUGAUGCGGGGAAGAGUGGUUGAACCCCCUAUAGAUUUAUUGCAGGCAAUGGAGGUCACAGCAGAAGGUCGUAAGAAGUCUGAUCUUAGUAAAGCUGCAGAUGGAUUAAAAAGGCAAUUGUGGGGAAGGCACUUACCCCCAGAGAGAAGCGAUUACAUAGAGAAGAUGAAAGUUGAGAGGAUGAAUACACUAGCUGCUGUAUCAGAAUUAAGUCAUGAAGUAGCUCCUGGCACUUAUGAUGAUCUUGAGGAAAAGGUCGUUACAAGGCGUCUAAAAGAUUUAAUUCAUCCCUGGCAUCCAAUGAGUGUGACCAAAGAAACUUGUCUUCAGUACCUUAUUUCACGAACUCCAGCUGAGUAUUGUAUUCUUCAUAAAAUAUUUUCCGAGAUUCGUCUAAAGGAUCCAACUUUUGAUCCUACCACACUGUUUGAUUUCGGAUCAGGAGUUGCUUCUGGAUAUUGGGCCACAAAAGAAGUCUGGCAGAAAGAGUUGAAGGAAGUCUACAAUGUAGAUUCAAAUUUAGAGAUGAAUGAGCUGGCCUGCAACCUUCUGAAAUUAGCUAAACAACAGUUCUCACCUGAAACUGGGGUAUAUUUUCGGCAGUAUUUUCCUGUUUCAGUGGAUCGCACUUAUGACAUAGUGUUAAGUGCUUUUACUCUCCUUGAGCUACCUUCCUUCAAAGAUAGAAUGGAAAUAGUUGCUCAGCUAUGGUCAAAAACUGAGAAGUACCUAGUCUUGAUUGAGGAUGGAAAUAGUGCAGGUUAUCAGGCUAUAAUGGAAGCAAGAAAUCUAGUAACUCACCUAGAAACACCAGAUGCAGAUGAUCAUAUAGCUAAAUUUCAUGUUUUUUCCCCUUGUCCUCAUGAUUUCUUGUGUCCCCGUUUCAUCAAAGAUAAAACUCCAUGCAAUUUUGAAAUAUCAUACUUGACACCUAAAUUCCUUGAGGGGAAACAGCACCAAAAGAAACAUCUUUACUCAUAUGUUGUCUUAAAGAAGGCCCCAAGGCCAAGCUCAGAUCCUCAGUGGCCACGCUGUGUAAGGGAGACACUUCUGCGUAGCAAAUCAGUACACCUUAAACUUUGCAAGUCAAAUGGGACAUUAGAAGAUGUCAUCUUACGGAAAGAGAACAACAAUAGAAAUGCUUAUAGGUGUGCCAAAAGAACCAAAUGGGGAGAUUGUCUCCCAGGAGAAGUAGGGGAGAAGGAGAAAGGAACUUAGAUUUAUGAAUCUAUGAUUAAGCAGAAAAACAGAAGGAAAAAUGUAAUAUUUUCUGGAAACAUUUAAUAAAUCUAUAAUAUCUACAUCAUAAUAAAGAUUA